ACAAUUUAUCACCUUAAUCGGCCAUUUUACCGCGAUGACUUUACUCUACAAAUCAUAAAGACAUUGGAACAAUAUAUUUAAUAUUUGGAGCAUGGUCAAUAAUAGUUGGAAUAUCACUUAGUAUUCUUAUUCGAUCAGAACUAGGCCAACCAGGAUCAUUAAUCAGAGAUGACCAAAUUUACAACGUAAUUGUUACAUCUCAUGCAUUUAUUAUAAUUUUCUUUAUAGUUAUGCCAAUCAUAAUUGGUGGAUUUGGAAAUUGAAUAAUCCCAAUUAUGCUUGGAACUCCAGAUAUAGCUUUUCCACGGAUAAACAACAUAAGAUUUUGACUUCUCCCACCUUCACUAUUAUUACUAUUAUCUUCAUCAAUAGUAGAAAAUGGAGCUGGAACUGGAUGAACAGUAUACCCACCCCUUGCAUCAAACAUUUCUCAUUCCGGAAUAUCAGUAGAUCUAGCUAUUUUCAGUCUUCACUUAGCAGGAAUUUCUUCAAUCUUAGGUUCUAUUAACUUCAUCAGAACUAUUAUAAAUAUACGACCAAAAGGAAUAACACUUGAGCGAAUUCCACUAUUUUUAUGAUCUGUUUUUGUUACAACAAUUUUACUUCUUUUAUCUCUCCCAGUUUUAGCAGGAGCCAUUACCAUAUUACUAACUGAUCGAAAUUUUAACACAUCUUUCUUUGACCCAGCAGGAGGAGGCGAUCCAAUUUUAUAUCAACAUUUGUUUUGAUUUUUUGGUCACCCUGAAGUAUAUAUUUUAAUUCUUCCAGGAUUUGGAAUAAUUUCCCAUAUUAUUUGUUUUCAAACAGGAAAAAAGGAACCUUUUGGGACAUUAGGAAUAAUUUAUGCUAUAGUAGCAAUUGGCCUUCUUGGAUUUAUUGUAUGGGCUCAUCAUAUAUUCACUGUUGGAAUAGAUGUAGACACCCGAGCCUAUUUUACUGCAGCAACAAUAAUUAUUGCUGUCCCAACCGGAAUCAAAAUUUUUAGCUGAUUAGCCACACUUCAUGGAGUUCAUAUACAAUAUGAUACCCCUAUUUUAUGAUCCCUGGGAUUUGUCUUCCUAUUCACAAUAGGUGGUUUAACAGGAAUUAUUUUAGCUAACUCAUCAAUUGACAUUAUUCUUCAUGAUACAUAUUAUGUCGUAGCUCACUUCCAUUAUGUUUUAUCAAUAGGAGCAGUAUUUGCUAUUUUAGCUGGAAUCACCCAUUGAUUCCCAAUAUUUUUUGGUUGAUCAUUUAACUCAAUUUUAUUAAAAAUCCACUUUUUCUCAAUAUUUAUUGGAGUAAACUUAACCUUCUUUCCACAACAUUUCCUAGGAUUAAGAGGAAUACCACGACGUUAUUCUGACUAUCCUGAUUUUUUCACUAAAUGAAAUUUAGUUUCAUCACUAGGAUCAAUUAUAUCAUUCAUUAGUGUUUUAAUUUUCAUUUUCAUUAUAUGAGAAGCAAUAACCUCAAAACGCUUCGUAAUUAACUCUCAAUUUCCAACUUCAUCAAUUGAAUGACAACUUAAUCAUCCGCCAUCAGAACACACAUUUAAUCAAAUCAAUAUUUUAAUUAAAUAACUAA